UUCCUGGUCACACACAGAGAUAGCUGUGAUUGCUGCGAAGAGGAAGACCAGUGCGGUAACCUUCCCACUUCAAUAAAACAAUAUUGCUCGUUUUGCCUGUCGCGAGUCAUGUAAGCAUUCCGGUAAUGUCCACAGAACAGGAUAAAGAUACCUUCUCCCUAAAAAGAAACAGAGUAUGAUGACAGACUUAAAUGUCCCCACAGGAGGAGAUGGUGGACUCGACACUUUAGGGGGGCCAGGCUUGCUUCUUGGGAGCCCAGACAAGAAAAAACGCAAGCCACACACUCAGCCGCCUCCUUUUGCCCCACUGUCGGAGUAUGCACCACCACCGAACCCAAGCGCGGAUCACCUGGUGGCAUCUAACCCUUUCGAUGAUGGCUUCAGCGUGCCAUCCUACAAGCCAUUGUCAACACUAAACCCCUACUUUGGCCCGUCACCUUACCCAGGACUUGGUGGUUAUGGUCCACAGAGAAUGGCGCCACACAUCCAAAACAGAAUGCCAGCUCCCUACGGGGGCCCGUACCCUGUGCGCAACCAGCUUCACCCCUUUGGCCAGAACCAAAUGGGUAUCGCUUUCAACAGACCCCCAGGGUUUAAUUAUGGGCACCCGGAGAAUCCAAACUAUGGAAACCAAACCAUGUUCGGCAACAGCAAUAUGCCCUUUGGACCCGGACAGCCGUUUAGACAAGGCCUGGGAGAGAACUUGAAUCAGAUUCCGUUUCAAAACGCCAACCAAAGUGUACCUCCAGACAUAGGCCCUGGCUUUGGCCUUGAGGGUAACAAUGGAGGGAACCCACCAGGCAAAGCCUUCUCUGACAUGAGCCCUAGUUUUACACAGCAGCAGCAACAACAGGCACAACAAAAUAACUUUUUACAGUCCACCACACCAACACCCAAACAGGAAGCCGGCGAUCCCUCAGCCAAAGGCCCAUCCCAAACCACGUCGCCACCCAAGCCCGGCCACGGCUCCGAGGAUGGUGCCGGUCCAGAUGGCACCUCUGACCUGAAGGCCAAAACCAGGGGGGCACAAGACGGAGUACAGCGCCCCAACUCAUCAGAAAAGAUCAACGGGAUCAUCCACCCCGCCAAUGACACCCUGAAGAAGUCUCCCCCAUCAGGAGCUCCCAUGGACACUCCGCCCGCAGAGGAAAGGCGUAAGAGAGGGGCUAGUAGUAGUGGUGGUGGUGGUGGUAUGAACAAACUCGGUGUGCACCCAGGUCGGCCGGGCCUGUCGUCCUCCAGUGAUCCCGUGUACCCAUGUGGUAUCUGCCUGAACGAGGUGAAGGAUGACCAGGAGGCCAUCCUGUGCGAUGCCUCGUGUCAGAAGUGGUUCCACAGGGUGUGCACGGGCAUGACUGAGACGGCCUACAAUCUGCUGGCUGCAGAGGUGGCGGCGGUGUGGGGCUGCGACACCUGCAUGCAGGAGAAGGGAGCGCCGCUGGUCAGGACGAGAGAGCCACUUGGACCACCCACCGUCAACAGUGACGGGUAGCAGCACAGCGUAGCGCAGCCAUGACAGCCCCCUUCACGCUGUCUACUAGAGUUUAGUCUGCCUUAUUUUUCUGGAUGUUUAUUAUUCCAUACCUUUACAGUAGUGUACGUCUUUAGACACUGCUCAAUCACACUACUUUUGGACAGCUUUUUUGUGGUUUAUUAAGUCAAUUCAGAAUUUUCCUACAGAGUGGUAAAAUCCCAGUUGUACGGUAUUUUCUGUGGCCUAAAUUUUGAGAGCAUUUUUAAAUUUUGGUAUAAAUCAACAAGCUAUGAGGGAUCUAGGCCCUUCUUUGAGGAACCAUCACUGAAAAGGUAUCCAAUUUCUGCCUUGCACUUUUAUGCUCAAAAUCCCUUUCAUUUCAGCAAAGCAGUCGUGGCACGACCCCCUACAGAUUCCACCUGAUAAAGACUGUCACUUAAUAUGUCAUGAUGAGGUAUGAUCAAAUGAGUAUUUUAGACACAGCACUUUUCCUGCUAAAUAUGGCCAACGACAAUUUGACAGUAUAUCCACCUGUGUAACUCUCCCGAGCCUUGCUAAAUUAUCCCAAUAAUCUGUUCCGAUGGUGCUGUGCCAGCUGCUUAGGCAGCUUAAGAUUUCCAGAGCCUUAUCAAAAUGACCAGAAUUUUUUUAGUUGUUUUUUGAUUUGUCAAAUUUAGCUCGAGCUUUGCCAUUGAAUGUAGCAUUGAAGUGGUAUCCACAAAAAACUUGUGUGUGAGUGAAUGAGUGAAUAUAGAGUUAAUAUAUGUUAGCAUGCAGCAAACUUGCAUAUAUCUACGUUAAUUAGAUAUAUAGUGAGCAACAUGCGCCUUUCUAUCUUUUCUUUAUUGUUCAUUUCUUGGACACUUUGCUUAUGCAGUAUACAUGUCAUGCAAUCUUUUCUUUAGAGUCAGUAGAGAUUUUUGUUACAGUGGUCAUCAGACAUUGGUUAUUUUUCUUCUACCUGUUUUCACUUUUUUAGUAUUCAGUUUAAACUUGAAGGAUUUAGCCUAUCAUAUUUUUAUACAUUAUUUUCUUAGCUUUUCUGAACUAAUGCUUACUGUAGGUACUGACCUUUUGUUUGAUGUAUAAUUAUGCACACUGUUUUUUAUGAAAUCUAGUUCCGAUUACAAGAUGUGACCCUUAUGAUUUGUUUGAGAUCAUUGUUAGCACACUUUUCACUUUCUAAGAUCUUUGUGUGUACUUAAGUGUUAAGAAUAGCAUUUUGUCAUAAUGUACUAUUUUGUAUGGUUGCAAAAUAAUUUUCAAAUUCUUGCAUUUCCUCUACAAUGUGCCAUUCAGUCUUUCUCUAAAUAAUAUGGCAUUGUGAAUGUAAACCGUGUUUUAUUAUAAUGGAGUGUACAUGUUAUCUGUUGAACAAAUUGCUGCAUUGUGAUAAUGUAGCUGUGUCCUACAGUUAAUUCGAAGUACAUCUAGUUCCAGUGUUCCCUGAUACUCUGAAUGUCUAUUCAUCGCAGCCAGCUGGCAAGCUGCCCUCAGUAUACAAACAGAUAUUUAUGUUAAAUAAUUCUGUUAAUUUAUUAGAUUCCAUUUCUGAUUUUGCCAGAUUGUGUUGUUGAUAAAAAAAUAUGGAAGUCCAAAA